CUUGGGAGGAAGUUGCUGUUUCGACCAAUAGUAGCGAGCAACGCAACUUUAGCGGGGAAUUCGGUCUGUGUGGUCAGAUAACCUGUUCGCGGGAAAGGCAUCCUGCAGCAACACGGGGGAAAAGCCUACCGGCUAGCGAUCUGACAAACCUCUCAGAAUUAUUAUAGGGAAUAAAUUCAGAUUGUCAUCUUCUAGAGUGAAGAGAUGCUUUUCCGCUCUAUUGUCGACAGAGGAGUGGGCAUACGGAGGCAGAAUGCCCGCCCCGCAGAUCUUUGGCCCAGGUACCCUCUAAGCUCUCUGCUACAAGGCUACCAGUGUGUUCGCCAUGAUGAGCACAUCUCGUACGGGAACGGUGACUCUGUGCCACCAUUUGGAUUGGCUUUCGCCUCUGCUGGUGACCUGCAGAAUGUCCUUGCAGCAGCUAAUGAAGAGGGCAUUGUUAGGAUCUACAACACAGAGAGUCAAGACAACCCCAUUCUUAAAGAAUGGCUGGCUCAUGACAAUGCUGUCUUUGAUAUUGCCUGGGUACCAGGGGAGCCUCAGUUGGUGACUGCUGCAGGUGAUCAGAUGGCCAAGCUGUGGGAUGUGAAGUCAGGAGAUCUGUUAGGCAGUUUCAAGGGCCACCUCUGCAGUCUCAAAUCUGUUGCGUUCACGCCACAGGAGAAAGCUGUAUUCUGUACUGGAGCCAGAGAUGGAAAUAUUAUGAUUUGGGACACCAGGUGCAGCAAAAAAGGUGAAUUCUACAGACAAGUGAACCAGAUAAGUGGUGCUCACAACAAAGCAGAGACAAACACCCCCUAUAAAACAAAGAGGAGACGGAGCAGCAUGCGUGGGAUGGCUCCUAGUGUGGAUACCCAGCAGAGUGUCACAGAGGUUUUGUUUCGGGAUCAACACACCCUCAUCUCUUCAGGGGCUGUUGAUGGAGUAAUCAAGAUGUGGGAUCUGAGAAAGAACUACACUGCACACCGGCAGGAUCCUUCUCCACUGCAGACGUACCCAUACCCGGGUUCUUGCACACGCAUGCGACUGGGUUAUUCUGGACUUGUUCUGGACUCCACAAGAUCCAACGUCAUGUGUAACUGCACUGAUGAUAAUAUCUACAUGUUCAAUGUCAGUGGAAUAAAAACAACUCCAGUGGCAGUUUUCAGUGGCCACCAGAACAAAACAUUUUACAUAAAGUCCACUGUUAGCCCAGAUGACCAGUUCUUGGCCAGUGGCUCAAGUGACAGUCACACAUACAUCUGGAAGAUCUUGGAUCCUCAACAUCCUCCCAUGAUGCUUCAAGGGCAUAGUGAGGAAGUGACAUCUGUUGCAUGGUGCCCAACAGAUUUCACUAAGAUUGCUUCCUGUUCUGAUGACCACACUGUAAGAAUCUGGAGGCUUCACCGGGAAAUGGAUGGAGUGCAGUCUUUAGUGGAAAAUGCAAACCUUGUGGGUUGGGCACGUCCUAAGUCUCCCACAAAGUCUAUAAACAGAACUGAGACAACUCCUGCCAAAACCCAGAGGACAGAAAGUCUUGUAGGCCUGACCUCACCCCAGCUAGCUGCCUGUGCUCCCAGUGGGGCCUCCCUUCCUCUACCCUCAAGCACCCCUUCACCUAUCACGUCUCAGGACACAAAGGCUGCUGCUGGUCGCCAAAGAACAUCACCUUCUAUCAAACAGUGGUUAUCCCCAAGCCAUGGGUCUCCUGGGCAGCUCAGCCCUCCUCUGCACAGGGUGCUGAGCCUGGAGAGCAGCUCCUCUCCCCCAGAACGACAGGCUAAGCGCAGGCUGGAGACCAAUGACAGUGCACCUGCAGACUGUGAGCAUGCACAACAGUGUGACUGUGUUACUGAACUUUACCCUCCGACCAAGAGAAGCCACGUCCUGUCAAGUAUCAGCUGUGGUCAGGAGUGCCAGGUACAAACAGAAUGUCACACAGAGGACAAGCAGGCCUCAUCUAGACAGACGGGCAAGGAGAAUUCCACCCCCAGAGCGAUGGACUGGUUGUCCGCGGUGGGCCAAAAGAUGAGCAAAGGCCAAAGAAGCCCGAGAAGCCCCAGAAGUCCCAGUGCCUCUAAGAAACAAGAAGGCAAGACACCAGCUUCACCGACAAGCCACUCACCCCAAAGCAUGAAAAAAAUCUCCACAUAUUUCAUCAGAAGGCCUCUGGAGUGAUCUACUUGGACAGACCAGAUGUCCCGUGCUUUUGUUCAAAAUGCUGUUUUUAUUUUGUGUAUUUUUAAGGGGGAUAGACAGACUAUACUCCCCCCAAAAGCACUGAGAAGAGGAACCUGUACUGUUCAGAGAUUGACAGAGGCAUUGUGAAAAUGUGAUGCUACAUUUUUUUUACUAUACAUCCAGAGAGGCUGCUUUUCUAUUUUAAUUGGGUCAUAGGUUUUGCCUUGUACACAGUUUUCUGGUGCUGUGCAGAGAGAGAUGUCGCAUGUUCCUGGGUAAAUUUUUCAUUUUACUCAACUCUGACAACUCUAAGAGAUUCAUUAGCAUUUAAUACAAGUCCUCAUUUAAUAAUACAUUUGUAAAUGUGGCUGGCCAGGUAUUAAUCCUCAACUGCAAAAAAAAAAAAAAUUGUCCACAGGUGUGAAUAUUUUCAUUUCUGAAAACAAUCCCCAUUCAUUUGGUUCACAUCUUUGAUUCCUUUCAUGAGCUUUACUAAUAUUAAAAUAUAAGCUGGACACAGAUGUGCUCAGUAACAGUAAGAGUGUAAGCAAACCAUUUAUAUUGCCAUCUAUUUGUGUGUGUUUUUUUUCAUGCAUGAGUUUUUUUUUUGUCUCUGUGUUGCCCAAACAUUUUUUCUUGAGCAAAUACUUAUGUUGUUUAUAUGUACAAAAUAACCAGUGGAUGUUACUUGGUUUAUUUGUAUUUUAUUGACAAAUUUUCUGUGCUCAGAUUUUAUUAAAUUCAAAAUACUUUUGAAUGGGUGUGGGAUGUUAUUGGUUGCAUAUUAUCAUUGUGAUCAAUAUGUUUGUGUAAUUAACAGUGCCUGGCAA